UGCUGUGCCAGGCUCGAGUGUAGCCUGUGCUACAGUUUACUUAGUUAAAGAAGACUUCUUGCGUAGAGGACUUUCUACUGUCACUACUGUACUGCUUAAUACAGGACUGCCACUAAAGAAGACUAGUCAAAGACUGUUGUGGAGUGAGAGGGGCCCCGGAGCAGAGACCCUCUGGACUAAUUUACAGUCAAAUCCACCCCUGGCCCUCAUCUCUUUUCCUGUUGCUCCCCUGAAAAACCUAAACAUCCUCCUCAGAAGAACAUCAGCGACUCCCCUCCACCCCUCUACUCCCCCAUCCUCCUCCCUCUCUGCCUAGUUCUCAUGUUCCUCCUCCGGGGAGGUUGGAGAGCAGGGGGCACACACGUGGCCAGCUGCCCAGGCUCGGGGCCACGGUGACAGACAUGGGGCUCAAGAGGAGGCUGGGGCUGUGCUUCCUGGGUGUCAUCUCCCUGCUGGUCAUCUACAUCCUGUGUUUGAGCCCGGAGAUCACCGUCCCCUUGCGCAUGGUCAACCUGAACCUGUCACACUUCCCUGGUCUUGGGUACACACAGGAACCAAACAGGUCACAUGACUCUGAAGACUCUAUUGACGGCAACACACCGUCAGAUGGUUUGGACAGCCUACACAUUGGUUCAACACCAACAACACAUUUAAGGUUAAAGGUACAGUCCACAUCCCCUGUCAGAGUCAGACCCUCAAUGAAACCUGGAGCCAGAGUCAGGACUACCAAGGGUCAAAAUAUUAAAGGUGCUCUCCUCUUCAAUUCAACCAAACCAACAGAGCCACCCUUCAUUGGAGACAGUUACUACAGCGAAGUCGCCCCCCCUCAAACCGACUGUCCAAAUAGUAUUCGUAGCAGGGUUCCCCAGACAGACUUUGGGGUGAGGUAUCUGGGCAGGAUCCCUGUCCUCCAGUGGGCCAAGCAUGCCACUCCAGAACAGUACCAGCGCCUCCAAGUGUACCCAGGGGCUCACGGCUGGGGAAACCUUGACAUUGACACUCUUGUGUCGACCCUGUCUGUUCUCAACACAUCGGCCAACUGGCACAUGUUUGAUGACUGGGAUCGUCGUAGCAAUGGCUCGCAGUGUGUCUGCUGUGCUGUCGUGGGCAACGGAGGGAUUCUGAAGGAUUCUAAGAAGGGCCGGGAGAUUGACCAACAUGACUAUGUCUUCAGGACCAACGGAGCUGUGAUUAAGGGCUUUGAGCAGGAUGUGGGCUCUAGAACAUCCCUCUACACGUUCUCCACCAACACCCUCCGUAACUCCAUGAAGAGCUACGCUGGAGCAGGCUACAGAGGACCCCCGCUCUCUGAGGAGACUAGGUAUGUCUUCCUGCCAGACCAUGACAGAGAUUAUCUGCUGAUGAAAGCAGCCGCCACACAUACUCCAGUAGAGAGAGGACCAGAGAAGAGCAAAACGCCACCCACAUACUUUGGAAAAAAUGUGAGUGUAGAAAAGUUCAAGAUGUACCAUCCCGAUUUCAUACGUUACAUCAGAAACAGGUUCCUCCGAGGCCAUGCCAUGCAGACCAAAUACAAGAACAUAUACCGUCCAUCAACAGGUGCUGUGAUGCUGCUGGCUGCUAUGCACACCUGUGACCAGGUGAGCGCAUAUGGCUUCAUGACUCCAGACUAUAAAAACUACUCUGACCACUACUAUGACAGCAGAUAUCACCCUGUGGGUUUCUUCAUCAACCAUGACCUGAAGAUGGAGAUGACACUGUGGCAGCAGCUCCACCAGGCAGGACUCAUCACGCUCUACAUGCACCAGUGAUCUCAGGAACUAUCUCACCCCAGGUCACUAUGGCAACGACCACAUUAAUGACAUACGUCUAUGGUAAUGACUCCGUCUCCACCACUGGCUCCCAAGGUUUGCCAACCCUCAGUAAAUUAACUUACUGUUAGUUGUAACUCCAAGAUUUAUAGAAAAAUGACUCCACGUCUGACUUCGUCAUUGCCUGCCAUGUUGGUGGUGAGCCAAUACUUGUGAGAAAAUGGUCUCCAUGGAGAUGGGCUUAGCCUAUCCUCUUGAGAAGUCUCUAAAAGGGUGGAGGCAGGUUGCCAGUCAUAGACUGUUGCUGAGUUACCAGGAAAACUGCCAGAUUCUUUUCAUUCUGGGAAAAUAUUGUUUUAGACUGUGCAGCUGAAGAUUUUAUCAAUGGCCCUGAUUUUGGACAUAUUUGACCAAAUAAUAUUUAUUAGCCUUUUUAUUUUUUUAUUGUUUAAUAUUACCCCCUUUUCUCCCCAAUUCCGUGGUAUCCAAUUGUUAGUAGCUACUAUCUUGUCUCAUCGCUACAACUCCCGUACGGGCUCGGGAGAGACGAAGGUUGAAAGCCAUGCGUCCUCCAAAACACAAUCCAACCAAGCUGCACUGCUUCUUAACACAGCGCCAUCCAACCCGGGAGCCAGCCGCACCAAUGUGUCGGAGGAAACACCAUGCACCUCGAGACCUGGUUAUUGGCGUGCACUACUCCCAGCGCGCCACAGGAGUAGAGACAAGGAAAUCCCUACCGUCCAAACUCUCCCUAACCCAGACGACGCUAGGCCAGCUGCGACAGAGUCUCUGGUGGAACAGCCCUAGACCACUGCGUGACCCGCGAGGCCCCUUUUUAUUAGCCUUUUUAUACUAUUUUAAGACCUUUUUUAGUAUUUUUAAACCAUUUCAGACACUCAGCUUUUGUGGGUCUUAGUCAGACAUAUGUUUCAUACCCCCAAGACAAUCUAACCUCCCCUGUUAUUGGUAAUGGUGAGAGGUUAGAUCAUACCCCCAAGACAAUCUAACCUCCCCUGUUAUUGGUAAUGGUGAGAGGUUAGAUCAUACCCCCAAGACAAUCUAACCUCCCCUGUUAUUGGUAAUGGUUAGAGGUUAGAUCAUACCCCAAGACAAUCUAACCUCCCCUGUUAUUGGUAAUGGUUAGAGGUUAGAUCAUACCCCCAAGACAAUCUAACCUCCCCUGUUAUUGGUAAUGGUUAGAGGUUAGAUCAUACCCCCAAGACAAUCUAACCUCCCCUGUUAUUGGUAAUGGUUAGAGGUUAGAUCAUACCCCCAAGACAAUCUAACCUCCCCUGUUAUUGGUAAUGGUUAGAGGUUAGAUCAUACCCCCAAGACAAUCUAACCUCCCCUGUUAUUGGUAAUGGUUAGAGGUUAGAUCAUACCCCCAAGACAAUCUAACCUCCCCUGUUAUUGGUAAUGGUUAGAGGUUAGAUCAUACCCCCAAGACAUGCUAAUCUCCCCUGUUAUUGGUAAUGGUUAGAGGCUAGAUCAUACCCCCAAGACAUGCUAAUCUCCCCUGUUAUUGGUAAUGGUUAGAGGCUAGAUCAUACCCCCAAGACAUGCUAAUCUCCCCUGUUAUUGGUAAUGGUUAGAGGUUAGAUCAUACCCCCAAGACAUGCUAAUCUCCCCUGUUAUUGGUAAUGGUGAGAGGUUAGAUCAUACCCCCAAGACAUGCUAAUCUCCCCUGUUAUUGGUAAUGGUGAGAGGUUAGCAUGUAUGAUCUGUGACCCUCCCUCUACCUUUCUCACUCAUCAUUAUUCAUUCAGGAUUAUCUGUAAUCAUGGUAACAUACACAUGAAUGUAGAAGUGUUUAGAAACAUAUGCUAUUCUUAUUUAUAAUAAAAGUGACUCUAUUGGGCACAAAAUAAUCUGAAACACAAAUGCAUCCAACAAGUUUGUAGAGUUACAAGCUUGAUGUCGUCAUGGGACCAAAUAUUUUACCACUUUAUUUAAAAUAAUCUUUAGGGUUGUCAAUAAUUUUGACCACUACCUUUUUGAGAGAUAAAAAUGAUUACUUGUUAAACAAAAUCUGAGCAAUUGUAAAUAUAAAAUAUAAUUCCCCCAUUUUUUUGCAUUCAUUAUAGAUCCGUAUUUUAAUUAUUUAUUUUACACAGUUGUUAUUGCUCAUCUUUUUUUAAGGGUGUCAGUAAUUUCGGACCCCACUGUAUGUUGACAAGAGAUAGGGCUGUUGCUGCUGGGCGGGCCACCUACGCUCUACCCUCCCUCACUGCCCUAAAUUCUUUUGCACAGCACUGCCGGCAGUAGUCAUGGUCUAUUCUGAUAAGUAGUCAGAUUAUUUUUACAUGAUAUUACUAUGUUUCUGUGUGGAGUCAGUGUAGUAGUGGGUCAACAGACAACUCAAGUGUUUGACCAAAGCAAAGUUAAGGGGAGAAGAUAACAGAUUUUUUUUAAAGUCAAAAAGUUAAUUUUUUAUUAAAUAUGUUUUUAAAAUGUAUUUUACUUUCAUACAUGUUUCCUUAUUAAUAUGAGAGAGCAAUGCUACAUAGACAAGAACUGUAUUUUUUUUCAAACUACCACCAGUGUGUUCCUUAAUGUGAAUCUCAAUCUUUUGUCUGCAAAAUGAGUUGUUGUUGGGGUAACUGGGGAAACUAUUUGAAGUGAAGGAAGAUGUUUCCACAACAACUCCAAAAGGACACUUUGUCAGUGGCCUUUCUCUUCGGGCACUCGCUCCCAGAACAUGAAUGGAUGUUUCCAAGGAUCUCCUGGAGAAUUGGAGUAUGUGGACAAUAGAGCACCUGGACUCUUCUCAAAGCUAGCUCAGGGCUGGAUUCGUUCGGCACAAACCAGAAGAAUAUUGACUGAAAAAAGGAAGGACUACUUAAACUCCUCCAAUAAGAAACAUUUAUUUUAGUUUUCCGUUGCAAAGCAUUUUGCUAUGCUGUACCCUAAUGAGCAUAACCCAGAAUGAAUUGUGACAAUAGUCACAGAAGUAUCAUUGUUUCUGCUGAAUUAUCGAUGCCUGAUGAAUGAGGUCAUUCAGGACCUGAGAAGAACAUUAGAUUAAUAUGGUCACUGUGACCAUAGAGAUUGAUCUCUGACUGAGACUUUGCAUGGUCACCUCCACAUGGGAAAUGGACAUGUAUGUGGAAAAUGGUAACACUUACCAAGGCUCACUCAAAAUGUGCACAAAAUAUAUGUGGAGCAGGGUAAAGAAACCAAAGACCCUACAACAGAAUCAAUGAAUUAGCUUAUUUUACAUUUAUGUUGUAUGUCUUUUUAGAAUAACAAUCCUUUAACAAUGACAUUAAAUGGUUCCGGCUUUCCUCUACGGAAGACUCACAUCAGACAUGAGUUUUUAAUGUGUACAGAAUAUGUGGUAAUUUUUGUUGUUGUUGAUUGAGUUCAUUAACAGAGGAGAAUUGGGUUGAGGGAGUUCCUCCAUGAUGCAAUUUUUAGCGUGGAUGUGUUUAAUGUAAUAGAAAUCUAUAAAGAAAUUGAGAAUUAAA